AUGUGCCCAAGAAGAAAUCGUGUGCUAACUUCACCCUUACAAAAUAAUCCGGCUCUGAGAAUUAUACCAAACAUAGUUGAUGAUUUUGCAAUACCAACUAAAUCAGGAGAAAAAUGGGCAAUCAAGCGACCUAUAAAUGACAAUGACAAUUCUGCGAGCAAUUUACAAUCACCUGAACCUGGCUUUGAUUUAUCUGAAGAGGAGAUGAUUCGGUUGAAAAUUUGGUCAAACGGAGUUGUACCAUAUUACAUUGAUAAUUUGUCUUUUGACAAAGUACUGCGAGACAGAAUACGGAGCUACUUAGAAGUGAUCUCAGGUUUGUCUGGUUUACAUUUUCUGGAGUUGCCUGCACCACCCGAAGACAAGACUACUCGUUGGGUGUUUUUCAUCAACCGCCGAGGACAGUUGUCUUGUGGUGAUAAUACUAUAAAGGAGUUCACCAAUACAGGAGUUCAGAAAGUGGUGCUAGGGUACGACUGCUUGAGUACAAGCGGAGGGAUGGCAGAAGUCAUUCUGACACUGGCCGGAGUACCACCACAGCAUAACGCUCCCAACCGGAAUGAACACAUUACUGUAGUUACGGAGAAUAUUAUACCUGAAAAGAAAUAUUUGUUCGAAGCAGUGAAAGACAACGAAUGGUUAUUCCAUGAUUUGAAGUAUGACUUCUCUAGUGCUGGACACUAUAGCUUUCAUAAAUACACUGUAAAUGGAUCGGCGACUAUUAAACCAAAUUUAUAUGUACCAACUCUAAUUGUUGGUGAAGGUGAUGGAUUCAGUAACUUGGAUAUAUUAAAAAUUAGGAUGCUGUACAACUAUAUUUCUAAGAAGCAACCUAAUGCUGCAAGAGUACCAGAUUGUAUUAAAAUAUUUGAACCGGGAACAAAUUUUACUAGUUAUCAAACAAAUAACGAUGAUUAUAUGGAACCUCGUAAGAAGCCUAAUAGAUUUUUAGGACUAUCCAAUGAUGAAAAAGAAGCCGAUAGCAAUGAUGAUAAUAAAAAUAAUCAUAAUGAAUUUAAUCAGCAAACGCAUCAUGAUGAUGAUAAAGAAAAUGACGAAUAUAAUAGUAACCCUAACAUAGAAGAUGAAGAACUGAACCAAGAAAUUAAACUGGUACAUAAAAAAAAUCAUGGUUCUACUAAAAACAUAGAUAUUCUCGGUCACUUAUCAGACUAUAAUACAGAUGAUAUUCGGCGUCCUGUACACCAUAAGUCUAAAAUAAUGUCAUAAAAUUAGGAUAUCAGAGAAGUUUCGAAAAAGUGAAUAAAUAUACAAAUAUUUAGUAGUAGUUUAAUUUUUAAACAUUUAUUGCUUUUUUA